AUGUGGCUGCCGCCGCUGCUGCGGGGGUUGGAGAACUGCCUGACGAACUCCACAGUGUCCCAGCUGCGGCAGCGCGCCCUGGACGUCAUAUCACGCGCCCUGGACGCGGCACGGACGGCGACGGGCAGCAGCGGCGCCGCGCUGGUGGCGUCCCUCGAGGCCGCCGAGGCGACGGCGGGGCCCGCGGCGGCGGCGGCGGCGACGGCGGCGGCGGGGGCGGCGGCGGGCGCGGAGGCGGAGGCGGGUGCGGGUGGGAUGGGAGCGAUGGAGGUGGACGCGCGGCCGCUUGGGGCGGCGCUGGAUGGCGCUCUGAGGGGCGUGGUGGACCAUGAGCCGGCGGCGGCGCUCAAGGCGGCGGCGGCAGCGUUGCUCAAACGGCUGGCGUGA